AUGCAACUGUCUGCUAAGCUCCUCAUCGCUGCUUCUCUGGUGGCGAGCACUUCUGCCACGCUCCAAAAUGGUGUGCACCCUCGUCACGGCCAUCUACUUCGCCGUGCUCAGGAACCCAGCAAUGCCGCUGACAUGGCCAAGAUCAAGGACUCAGAUCAGCCAAAGGACUGCCUUCAGUACGGUGAUGAUGCCAUGACCCGUCUGCUCAAGCAAAAGAAACUCCCCAAACCCAGCCGUAUUGCCUCGAUUCAAGAGGGUGAUGAUGAGGCCAAGAAGGUCUGGAAGGAGAUCCAAGAUUCGGGUAUCAUCCCCAAGGAUGUCAAGCAGAAGAAGGGCCAGACCGGUGAAGGUGGUGCGACCAAUAUGGGUGUGGACGACAAUGGCUACGACAGUAGCAAGGACCCCGACUGCUGGUGGACUGCUAGCCAGUGCACGAAGCCCAAGCACAACAACAAGGGCAUGAUGCCUGACAUUUACACUUGCCCUGAGCCUAGCACAUACGGUCUCACGUUCGACGAUGGUCCCUACUGUGCCCACAACGAGUUCUAUGACUACCUCAAGCAAAAGAAGCUGAAGGCCACCCUCUUCUACAUUGGUAGCAAUGUCGCCAAUUUCCCUUACCAGGCCCAGCGCGGUCUGGCCGACGGUCACGACAUUUGCGUUCACACUUGGGCUCACCGCUACACCACGACCCUUACGGAUGAGCAAGUGUUUGCCGAACUCUUUUACACUGCUCGCGCCAUCAAGUACGCCACGGGUGUCACGCCCACGUGCUGGCGUCCACCGUUUGGUGACGUGGAUGACCGUGUGCGUGCGAUUGCUGCUGGUCUUGGUCUCCGCACCAUCAUUUGGGAGGACGACACGAACGACUGGAAGAUUGGCGAAGGUGCAACCAAAUCUCAGGUCGAACAGAACUACAAGAAUAUCGCCGGUAAGGCCGACAAGGAGAGCCCCAUCGUUUUGGCCCACGAGCUCAACACGAACACGAUGGAGACGUUCAUGAAGAUGGAGCCCACUAUCUCGAAGGCUUACAAGCACAUUGUCCCUAUCACGGCUUGCCAGAAUGUGACAAAGCCGUACCCCGAGGACAUUACAUACCCUGACUACAAUGACUUUAUCAAUGGCAAGACGGAAGCCAAGGGUCUUCCUGACAUUAACAGCAUUAAGACAGACGAUAACGCUACCUACAAGGUAGUCGCGCUUGCUGAUCAGAAGAAUGGCUACGCGAACCCCGGUAAGGGCUCGUCGUCGGGUUCAUCGAACUCUAGCAAUGAUUCGAAGGACGACUCGUCGAAGUCGAGUGGAUCGUCCGACUCGAAGAAUGACUCGUCAGACUCGAAGAAUGACUCGUCGGACAAGGGCGACGGAGACGCAGGAUUCUCUGACCUGGCCCACGUCAAGGCCGGCAUGACCGCUGCUGUUGCCGCCGUCACUCUUGUCGUUGCUAUGGCAAUGAUGUAA